AUGGCAACAGCUAAUAAUGAUGACCGUUGGAGUGAAUUAUUAAAAGAUUUGGAUACCGAAGUAGAAGAGGAGGAGGAUUCAUCGAGUUUUCAACAAGACUCGUUGCAAGAUGAAAGAACAUCUCCUAUUCCACAACGUAAACCAGGUUCUUUCAAAACACCAUCAUUCAGUCAGCUAAGAGACAAUACAAACACAACUGCAAAGGAAGAUAGAGCAAUUCAGACAAAAACAUUCUCAAGUGAAUAUGAUUUACCAUCGCGUACAGAUCUUGUUUCAGCAAAACCUCGAGACGUUUAUGACCAUCUGAAUGAAAUACGAGGUGAUGAACCAAUUGAGAUUGGUGUCAUCCAGAACACUCCACCACGUUGGCGAUUAGAUGGACACAAGAUGCAUCAUGGAGAAAUGACAAAUAUCGUGAAACGUCUAAACGUUCUAGUCCAUUGUACUGUUCAUCAACAAGAGAUUUUUGCUCACGACAUUGAAUUCGCUACUGACAAGUUUUUAACAAACAUUUCGAAAUACAGAACUACGAAAACACAGCGAGAUGAAAUCUAUUUCAAAAUUCUGCAAAAGUUACUGCAAGAUAAGGAAAACGAAGCAAAAGAACAAUUCAAUAGAGCUGUCAGUUACAAAUGUCAUUCUUUAGUGAAAAAAGGCGGCAUCAAGGAUGAACACGACUGGUAUAGUCAACUAAAUCAGUAUGCAAAAGACUACUUUCAAGAGCUUUCGAUUGAGCGAACUUUUCAGCCUAUGAAAAUAAAUGCUUUUCGAAUAUUCGUCAAACAAUGGAAAGAAAAGUGGAAACCGGAGAAGGACGAUGCCCAAGUGGAUAAAGUAUUAGGUAAGUUAAAAUACAAGAACUUUUUCUAG